AGUCAGUAGCAGCAGCUGCAGCUGCAGCAGCGACGGGCGUGUGCGGGCGAUAAGGGGUCCCGUCGAGCACCUUCCCCGUCCCCCCUCCUCCUCCUACUCCUUCUAUCUUUACACCCUCCUCCGUUAUCUUCGCAGCUCCGUUUCGUUACCAGAAUGAGCUGCGCGCCCGCCUGCUUUCCUGUCAAUGGGUGCCCCGCGCUGGGCGUUGCUCCCUCCUCGCCUGCCUCUUCGCUCCUCAGCACCAUGACGGCGACGAGGAGGAGAGAGGCCCCGGGCACGCUUCGCAAGCCGGCGCUGUCCAGCCGUGGAAGCGCACACCGCGACAAGGUGACGCCGUUCUGGAGCAUCUUUGACCGCAUCCUCUGCGACUGCUUCUGCGCCACGCGCAACCCGGGCGGCAUCGUCAACAUGGGCAUCGCCAACAACUACCUCAUGGAGGCCGAGCUCCUCGACUUUUUCCACCGGCACCUCGAGCUCCACCCCAGUGACCUGACCUACGGUACGUCGCUCUUUGGCUCGACGCGCCUGUUUAGGGCCUUUUGCAAGCACUACAAUUCGCCCGCAUUCAGCCCCAUCAAGCCCGUCACGCCCGACCAGCUGCUGACCGGCCCGGGCUGCGGCUCGCUGCUCGACCAGGUCUUUGAGCACCUCGCCGACGCACACGACGGCGUCCUCAUCGCCGCACCCUACUACAACGGCUUCGAGGCCGACCUGAGCUGCCGCAGCAAUGUCGAGUGCGUGCCCGUCUACAGCGACAUGGGCGACGGCACCGAGGCAGCGAGCUUCGAGGGCGCCACGGCGCUGCGCGGGUUUGAGGCUACGCAGCGUGCCUGGCUCGAACAGCACCCCGGCCAGCAGAUCCGCGCCGUCGUCGUGUGCAACCCAAACAACCCCGUCGGUCGCUGCUACACCCGCAGCGCGCUCGUCGAGUACGGCAGCUUUGCAGAGAAGCACGACCUGCAUCUGGUCUUUGACGAAAUCUACGCCCUCUCGACGUUUGAAAGCCACAGCGACGAGCAGCCCACACAGCCCUUCAUCUCGGCCCUCUCCAUCGACUGGGCCGUCGAGGCAGGCUGCCACCCUGCGCGCCUCCACGUCCUCAGCUCGGCCAGCAAGGACUUUGGCCUCAACGGCUUCCGAAUCGGCACAUUUGUGAGCCAGAACAAUGAAGACCUGAUCCGUGCGAUGAAGGCCACGUCGAAGCUCUACAUGGUCUCGUCGCCCGCCGACGCCCUGUUCGCCGCCAUUAUCCACGACGAGGGCUUCCACCGCGACUUUGUGGCCACCAAUCGCGCACGCAUGGCGCAGGCGUAUGACCUUGUGACACGGUGGUGUCGCCACCACUCGAUCGGCUAUACGCCGACGAAUGCAGGCCACUUUGUCCUUGUCGACCUCGAACGCUUCCUGCCUGACCAGGUCGACGGCCACGAGCUGGCGCAGGAGGAGCGUGAGGGUGCGCUGUGGGCAAAGGCGCUCGAGAACAAAGUCAGCAUCACCCCCGGCUCCAAUUACCGGCACCCACACACGGGCACGUUUCGCCUCACUUUUACCCUCGGCCGGCCCGCGCUCCUCGAGGGUCUCUCGCGACUCGAGGCUGCGCUGGCGCUGCUGCACUGGACCGCACCAGACGAGGUGCAGGUCGAGAUGAAGGGAAUGGAGGGAGAAGUGCCUGCUGCAGGCGACCUGGAGCAGGCCCAAUGGGCGAGCAUGCAUCGCCGACCGUCAAUCUCGACCUCGCUCGUCGACGCAGCCGCGGCUACGCACAUCAGCGCAGAGGCGCGCAGCAGGGACAGCAGCACCGACUCGGCGCUGUCCAAGGUCCUAGCAGCGACAGAGAUGCUCAAGAACAGGCCCUGUGCUUGCUAGUAGUAGUAGCUACAGAGAACGAUGUGUGUGUGUGUGUGUGUAUUUAAUCUCCUGUGCGAUGGCAAUUGAGUUAAGCUGGACUGUGCG